GCCGGCUCCCCCCACCGCGGAAAGACUCGAAGCCACCUUCGGCAAUUUCCGCUGACAGCGGCGGAAACAGCCGAGCUCCGCCUCCGCCGCCGCUUCCCCGAAUGGAUCCGGAAACACCCGAAUGCCACUCGGGCUUCCAUCGAGGCUUCCCGUUCACUGACGGAAACACCCGAGCGGAGCCGAAUCCCCCCUCCCCAUCCUUAUUGGAGACCCCAACGUGGAAUGGGGGAUCCGCGGCGGGGGAUCGGGAAUUCUGGAUGCUUUUCCCCGUUCUCUGAUUCCCAAGGACCCUGGGGCCAUGCUGCGGGGGGGGCGGGGUGGGGAUGGAGGGGGGGGGGAGCAUCCAGGGGCUCCCUCAUCCUCCCCCCUUCUCGGUCCCCCCCGAAAUCUUUUCUAUAGGGGCGACGCUGUUUGGGGAGGGAGUGGGCUGAGACCGGACACCAACUCAUCGCCCCCUCCCCCCCCCGCAGCCCCCCGGGGCGGGGCGGGCUUAUUUGGGGGGGAGUGGGGGGGAUGGGAAAGGCGUGCGGCCCCUUUAAAUUUACCCAGGAGCCCUUAAAGGAGCCCCAGGGGCCCCACGGCGGCGUCCCCACCCCGGCUGGCCCCUGCCCGCCACCGCUGCUGCCGCCCCGGGCCCCGCCAUGGACCCCCCGAGCCCCCACCCCGGCCCCGGCCCGGGCUCGCUCCCGGACCCCCCAGCCUCUCCCCCAGCACCGGGCCUGCGGGGAGGCCGCCGGAGCUUGGAUCACUGUGAUGCCCGAGCCUCGCGCCCAGGCCGGAGCCGGAUCCCGGGCCGGGAUCACCGCCGGUACUACCACGAGCGGUGGCGCGCUGAGUACCUGAUGGAGUUCAACGCGGCACGGCACGGGAUGCUCUGCCUGGUGUGUGGCAGCGCCCUCGCCACCCUCAAGCUCAGCACCAUCAAACGCCACAUCCGGCAGAAGCAUCCCUAUUCCGGAGCCUGGGGACCCCGGGAGAAGCAGCUUGUGCUCCGCUCCUGGGAGGCACAUUUGGGGGUUCAACCUGAGGGACCCCCCCGAGGCACUGGGACAGCCCCCCCACCCCAUCCCCGCCGUGGGGCCCGUCCCUGCGCCGCAUCCCCCCGCGGUGCCAAAGCGCCCGGGGGCGGUGCCCGGGUGCCCCCCCCACCCGCGGGCGCCGGGGACUCGCUCCGGGGGUGGCUCCGGGCCGAGCUGCUCCUGGAUCUGGAGGCCGGGGGCAGGCGCCUGCGGUGCCUCCUGUGCGCCCGGGCCCUGCCCUCGCUGCACCUCGGCGACAUCCGGCGCCACGUCCUGGCCGCGCACCCCGGAGCCCUGCGGCAGCGCCGCGCUACAGCAGCCCCGCAGCCCCCCAGCCCUGAGCAGGAGGAAGGAGCCGCUGCCCGGGAGGAGGAAGAGGAAGGGGAAAGGGAAGUGGAAGAGGAAGGGGAAGGGGUGGGGGGCGCGGGGAGGGGCUGUGGCCACCGGGGGCCCCCCCUCUUAUCCCUGCGCCCUGGGGCCCCCCCCGCCUGCACCGCCUGAGCCCCGGGGCAGGGACACUGGGGGGGGUGACACUGAGACACCCCCCGAGACAGCACCUAUGGGUGUGAGUGUCCCCUCCCCCCGUGUCACUGGUCCCCAAGGGCCCCCCCAGUGCCACUGCCCCCCCCCGCAGUGUCACCCUAUUUAUGUGUGUGUGUCCCUUUUGUACACGCAUCCCAUAAUAAACCCGUCCCCCCAA